CUGCUAUGCGCCUGAUUUUAGAAUAGCUUCCGAAUAUAGGCAAGAGUCUAGUUGAAAGUAAGCGAUUAAGGUUGGCCCCCACUUUUCAAAAUUUCGCACGGUGUCGACCUGUUACAAAUCUUGCAGUUAGCUCGAGUUGCAAGUGCCCUUGUCUUUUCUUGCUUUCUUUUUCUUUUCUCUAACCCUUUCUCACAAAACAUACAAUGUUGUCUGCUGUCCUAAAGUCGCCAUCGUUAAUCAGAGCAUCUCCAGUUGCUCGCCGAAGCUUCUCUACAAACUUCCCCGCUCUUCAACAUGCUGCUGCUGCUAGCCAGUCGUCCACAGCCCCCAACGUUAAGAACUAUAUCAAUGGCGAGUUUACUGAGUCGCAGGCUAGCAAGUGGAUUGAGUUGAGAAACCCUGCCACUCAAGAACUCCUCGGUAUGGUUCCCGAAACCACGCAAGAAGAGUUACAAGAAGCUACCAAGUCAGCCGCCUAUGCUGCCAAAGAAUGGAAGAAGACAACCGCAUUGCAGCGUCAACGUGUCAUGAUGGACUUGCAGUACUUGAUUCGUCAAAACCAGGACAAAAUUGCCGAAAACAUUGUAGAGGAACAGGGCAAGACCUUUGUUGACGCCAAGGGUGAUGUUUUCCGUGGUCUUCAGGUCGUUGAGCAAGCUUGCGGUUUGACCACUGGCUUGAUGGGUGAAAAGUUGACUGUCGCAAAAGAUAUGGAGACAUACAUGUACCGUGAGCCAUUGGGUGUCACUGCUGGUAUCUGCCCAUUCAACUUCCCAGCCAUGAUUCCUCUCUGGAUGUUCCCCUUGUCUAUUGCCGCUGGUAACUCGAUCAUCAUGAAGCCUUCUGAGCGCGAUCCCGGUGCCAUGAUGAUGUUGGCUGAAUUGGCUGCCGAAGCUGGUGUCCCUAAGGGUGUUUUGAACAUUGUUCACGGCUCCGUGGACUGUGUGAACUACAUUUGCGAUGCUCCUGAGAUCAAGGCUAUCUCGUUUGUUGGUUCCGAUCGCGCUGGUCAGCACAUUUAUACACGUGGUAACGCCAACGGCAAGCGUGUCCAAGCCAACCUGGGUGCCAAGAAUCACGCUGUUGUGCUUCCAGACGCCAAUAAGAACGCCACUUUGAAUGCUAUUGCUGGCGCUGCUUUCGGUGCUGCUGGUCAGCGCUGUAUGGCUUUGAGCACAUUGGUCAUGGUGGGUGAGACCAAGGAAUGGUUGCCUGAAUUGGCUGAACGUGCCAGACAACUCAAAGUCGGUUAUGGUAUGGACCCUGAAGUUGAUUUGGGUCCAGUGAUCACUGUGCAGGCAAAGGAACGUGCAGAACGUUUAGUCCAGAGCGGUGCUGAUGAAGGUGCCAACAUCUUGUUGGAUGGUCGCGGUAUUGUCGUCAAGGGUUACGAAAAGGGCAACUUUGUUGGUCCUACUAUCAUCACUGAUGUCAAGACUAACAUGGAGUGCUACCGUGAAGAAAUCUUUGCACCUGUCUUGGUCUGCUUAAAUGUUGACACUUUGGAUGAGGCUAUUGAAUUGGUCAACGCUAACCCCUAUGGUAACGGUACCGCCGUCUUCACCAACUCGGGCCCCAUUGCUCGCAAGUUCGAGCAUGAGAUCGAUGUCGGCCAGGUUGGCAUCAACGUUCCCAUCCCUGUGCCCGUUCCACCCUUCUCCUUCACUGGUAGCCGUGGAUCCAUCUUGGGUGACAUGAACUUCUAUGGCAAGAGCGGUCUUCACUUCUACACCAAGCCUAAGACUGUCACUGCUCUCUGGAAGGAGACCGAUGCUACUCACACUCGCUCCAGCGUCGCUAUGCCCACCAUGCAGUGAACCAAAAAAAAAGCAUCACCCAUACUAUAUCUUUUCCCUUUUGAUAGUACAUAUACGUAGAACGGUACAUAUCAAUGACAACAAAAACCAAAAUAUGCACAUACAUAAUAAAAUACAUUACAAACAUCAUUGACAUAUCUUGAUGCUGGUACUUUCUCUUCUCC